AUGGCGGAGUUUGCGUUUGGGUUGACGAGGAUGGCGGUGGAGGGGAUGCUGAGGGCCAUAGAGAAGGAGGUGGAGGUGAAGGCGCGGGUUCAGCAAGACCUAGUGGUCAUCACAGGCGAGUUCGAAAUGAUGCAGGCCUUCCUGAACAUCACCAACGCGGAGCGUGCCAACAACAACAAAGUGUUACGGACCUGGGUGAGGCAGCUCCGCGACCUGGCCUUCGACGUCGAGGACUGGGUCGAGCUUGUUGUCCACCUGGACGACAAGUCGGCCGCCUGGUGGUGGGACUGGGACGUGGUGCCGUCCUGCAUCACCGAGCUGUUGCCGUCCUCCAUUACCCAGCUGGUGCUACCGCGGCGGCCCUUGGACGAUGCCGCCGAAGAGAUAAAGCUGCUCAAGGCCAGGGUUGAGGAAGUGAGCCAGCGCUACACGCGCUACAACCUCAUCUCCGACACCGACUCCAAGCCGGCGGAGCAGCCAGCAAGAGCAAGCCUACCGGCAUUCCACAUCCUACGCCAUGCGUGGGAGACCGAAUGCGGCUUGGGCCUCCACAACUUGAUCACCGGUGAUGGUGGCAGUGACCAUCAAGUCAUCUCGGCAUGGUCAAGUGUUGCAGGAGGAGGUGAUCUUCUAGGGGCCACGUCCAUCUUGAUCAAGGCGUACGCUGACCCAGAGAUCUGCAAGGUAUUCAAGAGACGCGCAUGGGUGAAGCUGGUGCAUCCGUUUAACCUCCACGAGUUCUGCAAGAGCUUGCUAGCUCAAUUCUACCCCCCCGGCGAUGAUCACUUCCAUGCUGAGAUCAACUCGCAGCAGGUGAACGAACACAUGCAGCGAGUGAACAAGGAGAAGUACCUCGUCAUCCUGGAACAAGUAUCCACUGUGGUAGAGUGGAAUGCCAUCAGAAAGUGCCUGCUGGAAAGUAACAACGGCAGCCGGAUCGUCGUGUCGUCGCGGCAGUUAGGGAUUGCGCUUUUGUGCGCGGGGGAGCCACCGCACCUAGUAUCGGACCUCAGAUGGUCCUCUGAUGGUCAAUCUCUUUGCGCCUUCUUCACCAAGAACAAGAGGAACGGAGAGAAAAGGGCACGCGGCGAGGAAGAAAAAAUUCUUGGGCGUACGUCUGAAAGGACAAGCCUUGAAGGCCGUUUAGGGAGGAUGACGGCAUUCGUCUCCGUGUGGGGGAUUGCUGGUGUUGGGAAAUCAGCUCUCGUCAGAAGCAUCUACCACAACCAGGAAGAAAAAGGAGAGUUCACAAUGUUCAGCUGGGUAGACGUGCCCGAGCAUGUUAUCAGGCAUGUGGCUGGUUCUACGGUGGUCAUCGUCAAAGGUCUACCAGCCGAGGACGCCCGUUCACUCUUCACAGAGGUAGCUCCGACAUCUAUCACGGGUUUGACUCAGGAUGGCAUGGACAGGCUCACAGACAGUACCAUCGUCAUUAGUGGUGGGCUUCCAAAAGUAAUAGCUGCUGUAGGCAAAGAACUGGAGUUAGCUACAAGUGACUGGCAUGCUCACAGAAUUUUGGAUAACUACAGAAGAAUUGACAGUUUGAGGGGUCUAUUUUCUUGGAUGCAGUCCUACUUUGAUGCCUGCUCAGAUUCACUCAAGCCGUGUAUUUUCUAUCUGUCAAUUUUUCCUAUACAUCACAACAUUAGGCGAAGGCGUUUGGUUACGCGGUGGAUCGCAGAGGGUUACUCGAGAGACAGAUUUGGUAGUAUUGCGGAGGACUGGGACAGCUCUAGAGGCAGAUCUGACGGUACUACUGCAGAUGAGAAUGGGAAAAAGUACUUCUCCGAUCUCAUCGACUUAAGCAUAAUCCAGCAGUUUACAACAAGCAAUGUGUGCCAAGUUAAUAGUUUCUUCCAUGGAUACAUCACCUCACGGCCAAUGGAAGAUAACCUUGUGUUUGCAUUACAAGGGCAUUGCAAGCUCAACUCGCGACGCACAGGACAACACCUCACCGUGAGGAGCAACUGGCAUAGAGACAUCAAUGUGUUUCAGAGCAUCGACUUCACACGGCUGCGGUCUUUGACAGUGUUUGGAGAUUGGGCUUCAUUCCUCGUCUCUGACAAGAUGAAGCGGCUUCGGGUACUUGAUCUAGAAGACACAAACGGUGUAGUAGACACACAUCUCGAGGAGAUGGUGAAGCAACUGACUAGACUCAAGUUCCUUUCCCUACGAGGAUGCAAAGGGAUUAAUCGUCUGCCAGAAUCAAUUGGUGGCAUGAGGCAGCUACAGACUCUAGAUGUCAGACACACCUCCAUAGUCAUGCUGCCACCGGAGAUCUGUAAGCUGGCGAUGCUACAGUACAUCCAUGCAGGCAACACUGAACCAUGGUAUGAAGAUGAUCGCACGGUCACAACCCAACCAGGAGUACAUGAUGAGGACUGGACGACAACGCCACCACAAGAAGCUGGUGACAAUAGGGGUGUUGAGGUUCCUACAGGGAUUCGAAACCUCACAGCCUUGCACACACUUGGUGUUGUCAAUGUCAGUGCUGCAGGUGGACAGGCUCUCCUGAAGGAGCUAGAGAAACUUACUCAAAUGCGAGGACUCAAGGUGACUGGCGUAAAUAGGGGAAAUAUCCAACAGUUCUUUUCUGCCAUCACAGGUCACCGCCACCUGGAGUCCCUGUCGGUGCGUCUUGAAGAGAAUAUGCAGAAUCAUAUCCUUCAAACUCCGGGGCCACUACCCAAGAACCUAAGGAACCUUAAGCUGUAUGGGGAGCAUGCACUCAACUUGACACUCUGGAUCGAGAUGUUUCAAAGUGUCAAAUUUUGGGAUAUUGAGAUGGUCAUAACAGCGGCAGAGGACCUACGGCCCCUUCAAGAAUUGCUACGUAAAAAAAAUUUGCGCCGUCUUUGUGUCAAGCUGGUUCAAGAUGGUGAACUUCACUUGGAUCUGCUGAAUUGUCAGUCCAUUAAAUUCCAGAACCUCAAAAUUGAUUGCAGCUCCAAGUCGAAGGUGACUUUCACAAAAACCAAACUUGUUGAGGUGCUUAAGGUUCGGUGCUAUAGAGGGUCGGAUUUGCGGUUUUCUGGGCUAGAGAAUCUAAAGUCUCUGAAGGAGGUCUGGCUUAUAGGUUACUGUAGCGACACAUUCAAGCAAAAUUUGAAGCAGCAACUUUCCAAUUUUCAGGAGGAGAAAAAACCUGUCAUCAAGCUGGACAACGGUAGAAUUUACGAGUUAAGAGUUGUUGCAAACAUGGCCAAUAAUACUGUUGGAGGUGGGUCCCGGGCUGCCUCGGACCAACCUAGGAUGGACCCACAUGAGGCCGCUGCCUUCGACCUUUUCGCCGAGGACUAUUUUUACAUUAGAAACAUCGCAUAUUAUAUUCAAUCUAUUUUUUCGUGGACCAACAGGCGCGAUACUGAGACAAAACAGAAACAAAAGCAAAUCCAGGCUGUCACCGGAGGAGACUGGAAGGGGAACGCCACAGGAAUCACCGCUAGAGGCAUCUCUUCCAUUGACAAUGACUCCUUGUUGUUCUCCAUGAUGAUUGGUGGCUAA